GCAGAACGCGGAACUCAGGACUGCGAAGAACAGAAAGAACGAAGGUCGAAGAACGAUUGACGGAGCUUGCGAGUUGUGACGAUAACGCUGUGGUGCCUGUGAGCUGAGACCCACCAACAAAGACGCGAACAUCAGCCCUGUGUCAUCCGUUUUUCCUCUCCGACUCUGCCUCCAGCUCCACUGCUCCAGGGAGUCCGCUCAGUCCAGCAAAAUUUUUACUGCUUAGUCCACCACACCCCUCAUUCCUGGAUCCGGCCAUGCCUACUACCGAAGCUUGGACGCCUGCAGCCCCGCCCCAUAUCGUGUUCUGAGCUUAUCAGUCCUCACUUCUCUCAUUCUCUGCCUUUCGGAGAUCUGGUGCGGCGGUGACAGUGGUUCCCUUUUCAGUCGUUCAGCGAUUCAUCCCUUCCCUUUUCACCUUCAGGCUUCAGGCACAGCUGUAACAGGUACUCGCUUACUAGUCCAGACGGCCAGACGGCGGUCACCGCUUUGCCUGGGACCUCUGAAUCCCUGAUUUUCUGAAGUCCGACAGUCGAACUCCGCUUCGCCUGCUGGCCAAUCGGCACUCGGCAGCCGCGCACAGUCACACUUUCGCACCUCGCCUAUAUCGUCGUCGGCUCGCUGCCACUGCCCCUGCUUGUCUGCUCCGCCUUCUAACCGACGAAUGAAUCGAGUGCAGCUGUGUAGAAGAUAUGCAUUGGUGAGUGGUGACAUUAUGAUUAAAAUGUUGUUGCAUCUUUCACUGCUAAAGUCUUGAUAAUCCUUCAAAUGAUGGCUUACAGAUUUUCUCUUCUCAAGUUAUAUGACAUAGAUGGAAAGUACUAUGAGUGAAAACUUUUCUCCAACAAAACCUAAAUGGAGGAAAGUUGCUUAUGGAGGGAUGCAACCUGGUUUUGAUGACAAUCAUACAGAUGAAUCUUUCCUAGAAGAUAUGAUUAUGAACGCCAAUGUGGUCAAAAGAGACUUGCUAAAGGUGAUCCUAGAUUCAGUUUCCAUUUCUCAGUAUAUUUCCACCGUUUGUCUUGUGGUUUUGGUUUGGACCUAUACACUCCGAUCUACCUUGAAUGAAAAUUCACUUUUAGUUCUAAAUGUUAGCCUUCUUGGGUUGGGUUUUUUCAUUCUUCUCUUUACUGCAGACUUAAUCUCCUUUAAUAUUCUUCUCAGUUAUACCCUCAAGAUUUCAUUUUUCAUGAUUGGGUUGUAUAUGUUGUCUCCUAUCUUCCAUACACUCACCCGAUCCAUAGCCUCAGAUUCUAUAUGGGCACUAACAGCUUGUCUCCUCAUUAUAAACCUCUUCCUGCAUAAUUACUCGGGAUCAACCAUAAAAGCUCCUGGAAGUCAAGAAAACCCAACCCUUAUGAGCAACAUCUCUUUGAAUGCUUCUAUAGUGGCUUCACUUCUAAUUGCAUCUCGCCUUCCAUCAAGACUUCAUGUAUUUGCCAUUGUGUUGUUCUCCUUGCAAGUUUUUCUAUUUGCCCCAUUUGUCACCUACUGUGUGAAGAACUUCUCAUUCAGAUUGCACCUUUUUUUCUCUUUCGGGUUAAUGGUCUUGUCCUUAGUUCUCUUUUACUGGUUGCACACACUGCUCUUUAUUUUGUUGUUGGCUGUGUUUGUCUUUGUCAAUUUGGUCUGUCCUUAUUGGCUGAUACGACUUCAAGAGUACAAGUUUGAGAUUAACGGUCCCUGGGAUGAGGCCAAGCUCUGCUUUGCCAUCACAGAAUGAACACCAAAGACUAUAUAUAAUGUUGUGAUGGUGAUGUUAUCUAGAAUGGAAAAAUGUAAGGGGUAUUUUGCAUGAAGAUCUGAUAUACAGAUCGGAGAAACCCUUUAAGCAGUCUCUUAACUAUAUUAGAUUGCAGAGGGAAAGGGUAUGAUUUGGCUCUAAGUCCCAGUGAUAAAGUAUGAGUCCAUAUUGUACAACCAUGAUGCCCAACAUAGACGCAGAGAUUUUUAGAAAUACCGCACAAAGUAUAAUUUGAUACCGAUUCAGUUGCAAAAGCUAAUAUCAUGAA